AUGGUCCUGACUCCCAAGGCCCUUCUCCAACUCAUGAACCAGGCCGUGUCGCUAUGCUCCCCACAGCGCAUGGAACAGGGCACGUCACGCGCCCACCUGGUGGGAGUCAUGCGGCAGAGUCGGAACCUGCUCCAGCAGCACCCGAUAGACUCCCACGCGCCCGGCUCCCAGCAGAUGCGCCUGCGCGGGGAACUGUGUCAGGACUGCUUCCGCAAUUUCGUCACGACCUUGGACCAGAACGCGCCCUUCUUCGACCAAGGCGGCAGCCCCCCCCAAGGCACCGUCGUGUCGGUGUUGCAGUUGUCGUCGCGGCGGUUGGCGCCGGGACAGGACACCUUCACGCGCCAAGCCAAACGGCGGAGCUCCUCCAUGGCGCUGCUGGACGACGGCGCCGUUCACCUGCCCCUGCAGGAUUGCCGCGACUCCGCUACGGACCCGGAUACGGAGGACACGGACGCCCAGGUUGGGGAGUUUGACGGCCCCCGAUACCGGCCUCGGGCGGCAACUGCGGCCCUCUGCGCACCGCACGACAAUCGCCCGCGCGCCGACCGCAACACGUUGGCACCACCCGACUUGCGGAAGCGAGGGUGUGCGCCCCAAGCCGGCGUCCCGGAUGACGACGCGAGCGAUUCACGGCGCCCGCGGACGCCCGACGGCCCGCUGCCACCCGCUGCCUGGGGACCGCCUGCCGACCGCGGACACUCCACCAGCGACCGGCGGUUGCCACCGGAUGCACCGGCACCCGACGCCGACCAGAAGACGAUCCAAGAGUUCAUUACGACCAUGCCAAGAGUCUGCGUUAACCACGGCUGCCGCACCACCGUCUUGCUCGACACCGGGGCACCGGGGGGGGUCGUACGCCCCGGUGGCGCUAGUCCAGGCGGCGGAGCGCACCGAGAAUGGGACCGACGCAUCGUCGCCAGGCGAGGGCGAGGCCUCCUUCGCGCUGUCAUCCCCAGUGACAGCGGCGUUGCAUCAACGUCGAUCAUCGGCACGGCCAUACUGCCGCUGGUCUUUCCGCCGGUGGACCUCGUCUUCCGCGCGUGCGGGAUGGAGGACGGAAGCUCGCUGCGGUGGCCGAUGGUCCUGGCCCACAAACAGGACUUCGCGGGGAGGGUCAGCGCCGAGGUGGAGGCGCUGCUGCCAGGACCCCAGUCACACGCGGCCCAACUGCUGGUAGUCUUCCCUUUCGGACCUUUCGACUUGGAGAGCGACGCUGAGAUCGGCGUCGCCAAGGGGGUUCAAUGGUGGACCCCAGGCACCGCGUCGAAGAUCAAGCUCGUGAACCGCGCCACGGGCCCCAAGACCGUCGGACAAGGUGUGCAGGUAGCCACGGCGUACGGCACCAACUGCGACGACCUGAAGCGGACGUUUCUCCUCAAGGAACCCGCGCCAACGCUGCUCAUGCUUGCCCCGCCGCCCGCGACGCACCGCGUUGCCGUCGACUACCGCCCCCUCAAUGAUGUCACUAAGGAUGAUGACGGGGGGCUCGGCGCUUUGGCGACGAUGCACCGCCGCACUAAUGGUAGCAAUUUCUUCAUGCUACUCGAUUUGCCCUCGGCUUACCACCAGCUCUCCAUCAAGGAAGCCGACUGCUACAAGAUGGCCUUCAUAUACGCUCGGGGGCCGCUGUACGGGUUCACGCGUUGCGGCUUCGGCCUCACGAUGAUCCCCGCCGUCUUCUCGGCCCACCUGGGCGACGCCCGUCGCCCGGUCGAAGCUCGAGGCGGCAUCACCGCCUGGUGGCAUACCUCUGCUCGAAAAUUCGCGGUCGCGUCGAAGGGUGGCGGGUCGGUAUCCUCCCGUGGCGUCGGAGGCGUCAACGUCCGGAGCGGCACACCGUCGAGCACUGGUCCCGCCGGGCCCUGGUUGCCCACCGGGCGGGAGGUGUCGUCAGGGAAGGAUGCGUCGACUUGCGGUUCUGGUGUUCCAAGGAGGGCCGCGUCGAACGCUGGCUGGACAACAUCCUGUUGCACCGUGGACGAGCACGUUGCACUCAUCGAGGAGAUUUUCGACCUUCUCCACGAGGCGGGGUACUCGGUGCACUUCAAGAAGUGCAUGCUCGGCUUGUCGGAGGGGGAACUCCUGGGAGCCAUGGUCGGCAGAUCGGGCGUGCGGCCGACGCCAUCCAAGAUCAAGGCCGUGGAGGAAAUGGAGAUACCGGCGACGGACGGGGAGGUGCGGUCGCUCCUAGGCUGA